AUGGAUCACUUCAACUCCACGCGAGUCUCCAACGACUCAGACUUCAGCAGCAUCUUUACAAAGCAGGUCCUUCCGUCUCUCUACUGCGUCAUCUUCAUGGUGGGCGUUCCUCUGAACCUUGUAGCCGCCUGGAUCUUCUUCAGGGUACCCGGGGACUCGGGUCUGGUGGUCUACCUGAAGAACAUGGUGGUGGCCGACCUCCUCAUGAUGUCCACCCUCCCCUUCAAGGUGGCACACGAGCUGGACCUCAGCCGGUGGAACCUCCAUGUGAUAAGAUGCCGCUACACCGCCGUGCUCUUCUACUUCUCCAUGUAUGUUAGCAUCCUCUUCAUCGGUGUUAUCAGCCUCGAGCGAUACAUCAAGGUCGUUCGCCCCUCUUCGUCCUCCACCUCCUCCCGCAGGUUCAUGUUUGGUGGGGUUUCCUCACUGCAUCUCCUGCAGAGCCCCAGAUUUGCUCGUGUCUUGGCUUUUUUCAUCUGGGGGCUCCUCUUCAUCAUCACCCUGCCCAACGUCAUCCUGACGAGCCGACCGGCCGACGAGCAAAGCUCCAGGAAAUGCAUGCAGCUGAAGACGCCGCUGGGCCUCAAGUGGCACAAGGUGUCCAUCUACUUCAACGUGUCCCUGUUCUGGUUGACGCUGAUCAUCCUGGCCUUCUGCUACACCUCCAUCGCCUGCCAAGUGUACAAGUCAUCCCAAAGGGUGCGCCGCGAUAAUGGUGACAUCCGUCGCAAGUCCAACCGCAGCAUCUUCAGCAUCCUGGCGGUGUUCUUCGUCUGCUUCGUGCCGUACCACGUCUGCCGCGUGCCGUACACCCUGAGCCAGAUGACACCGGGUUUCAGCUGGAACUCCCGUUUCCUGCUGUUCCAGCUGAAGGAGGCGACGCUGUUCCUGACAUCACUCAACGUCUGUCUCGACCCCGUCAUCUACUUCCUGAUGUGUCGAAGUUUCAGACAAUCGUUGCUCAGGAAACUGUCAGGAAAACGAAGAAGAGAUCGAUAG